CUGGUUCUAUACCUUUGGUAUUUUAUAUGUAGUACUCAAGAACCAUCGUAUUUUUACCAAUGUCUCAGGUUAUAAAAAAAUUAUAUUAAUUCUGUAAAACAUAAUCUUAUCCACUUAGGAGUUGGAUCAGAUUCUAAAUGUCAAACAUGGAUUCAGUCAUGAUUGAAAAGUGUAACUCCAGACCCUUUCCAAACUGCCAAAUAACCAUGCCAAUGCUGUUAUCAAAACCAGAAUUAAUGCUGUUAUCAAUGCUGUUAUCAAAACCAGGCACAGGCAGAUCUUGCUGGACUUACCAUGUUUGUUGUACUUGUGCAAUAGAAUCCAGCAAAGAGUAUUCAAAAGAAUAAUAAAAAAAUUAUUACAGAUUUAGAAUUAUGCCACCUCAUAAAUAACUUGAUUGUUUAGAAAAGAAAAACCACUAAACAUUAAAAAUGCUAACUUGCUUUUUACUGGGACCUGAAGAAGCCAAAACUUUGCUUGUCUAAUGGAAAUUCAGGGUAUGUGAUCACAAAAAUACAUCUUUCAGACAGCUGUGGCUUGCUAGAGUCAUGUGAAAGAUGAGUAGUUUACAUGAGUAGUUUGUAGCUCACUGUAUUCCAAAGGUGAUUUUUCACAUUAGAGAUGAACAGAAAAGGCACCUAAGACUGCACUUCAGCUGCAUGCUGAUGGCAGGCUGUCAUUUUCAGUACUUUUAUUUCUUGUAGGCGACAAUGCUUUCAAGAAUGGACUUGGUUAUAUGUUAACUGAGGCUUACCUGAACUUUAAAUCAUACCUUUCUUCUCUGUGCAGGAGAUUAGCCUCAAACCAUUCAUGCUUCUCCACAAAUACAAUGUUGCCCAAGCUUUUUUUAGGCUUAACAGUUGCUGUAUAAUGACCUAGGUUUUCUUUUAACCUUUAUAGCCUAAUCAGCAGAAUGUAUUUUGAAUAAUUAGUGGGUUUGGAUGGAUCCCACUGAGUGCUCAUCCAUGCAAUAUGAUACAGCGUUCCUUUGCCUAUGGUCCUUAAAAUCUGAACUUGGGGUUAGUGAAGCUGAAAGGCUACAGUUGCAUAAUGGAUUUGUAUAGGAUUUUUGUAAAAGGCCUUUGGUUUAUUUAUAACAAAAAAGACCUUGUAAAUCGAACUUCCAAAGAUUCUGCAGAUUUUUUUGUCAUCUGCUAAAUUAUCAUGUAAUCCAUCUCAGUUGCUAAAGCAUUGCAAAACUUCCCUUGGGAAAGGCAAGUUGUAAUUAUAAAUGUGGCCAGAAUGGAAUAGUUUUCCAGCUGUUUGAAAAUGAACCUUACUUAAGAACAAAUGACAACUCUUGAAAAUCUAGUCUUACUUAUUUAUACUAAAUUUCAUGGAGUUUUGAGUUACAAUUUUCCUAGAUCUUUCUGGAAGUAGAAAGUAAUUUGUGUUCUUGAAAGACAGAGCACUUGCAAGAGAAGCAAUAAUGCUGUCAUUCAUUAAAAGCAGCACAGCAAUAGUAUUUGAAGGUAAAGGGGGAUAGAAGCCUUGGGGAUGAGUUCAGGAAGCUGAACAAAGCGCAGUUUACUUUGAAGAGGGGGUGGAGGAGCAAUCUUCUGAACAAGUCAUGUAUUACUAGUAAUAACUCUAAUAAAAUGAGACCGAUAAGACUAAUACUCCUUUAUAUCUGCUUAAAUUGUGCAGAAGAUUGUCAUGUCUGGUUUAAUAAAAAUAACUUUUUGCUUUUUAACAAGGAAAUUGGAGAGCCUUGAGCCAUAUGUUAAUUGGGGUAUUUCUACAGCAGAAAAUGUGACACUGGUUGGUCUGAGUGAUGUAUUUUGACAAAUGCUCCUGAUAUUGAUACCACAGAUUGAACUCCACUGGUGUUAAGUACAGAGGUCGUUUUGUUGGAGAAAAUCUAUUGGUACUUCUGUAACCUUGCCUAGAGCAAAUCUAAUUGAUAUGAGGCUUAAAAUAUCAAUGGCUUUUCUGUAAUGCCAGUAACAGCAGCAUUACAGUGAGUGAGCUCACUGAGGAAAGGCUGCAAAGGGGCAAAUUUUCAUCUCUGAAUGGAUUGGAUGUGGUCACUGUGCCAGUGGGGCUUUUCACUAUUUGGGAACUGGGAAGGCUGCUUUAUGUUCCCAUUUCCAUCGCUGAUCUGCUUCUUAAUCUGUGGUGGGUCACUCUGCCCCUUCUGUGUGUGCAUUGCAGGCUUUCAGGACUGACCACUCUCUAUGAACACUGUUCAGCACAUUGUCUCUCAGCAAAGGGAUCCUUUCCCUGGAAGGAUUAUCUGCUAAUGAGACCACAGUCACUGCAGCUUUAAAAAAAAAAAAAAAAAAAAAGGUGCCUGAGAUAAGCUUGUGCAUUCCUGGCAUAGCCCAGCCUUCCUGCUGCACCUCCAGACCUGACAGAUGCUGUCUGAUCACAGGGCUGCUCCUGGCUAGAGAGGAUUCACCUUUCUACUUAAAGCCCUCAGUGAGCACAGGGUAGUAGGCUUUCAUUUCAAGCUGCAGUCUUGUUAUGGUCUUUUGAGAGAGGGGGAGUAGUAGGGGUACUUCUGAGGUAAGCCUGGAAGAAGAUGUUCAUUAACCAAACUGGGGUCAACACUCAAAAUUUCUGAAAAUGUGUAUCUCUCUGCAAGACCAAGUCUCCUAUCACAGGAUCUGACCUCUUGGAACAGGAGUGAUAUAUUUGAUAUAGUUUGACUUCUUGAACUACGUUAUUCCCAGUGUAAUAACAUAAAUUUGGCAGUUUUAUUUUCUUUCACAGAAAAGUAUUUGUCACCUUGCAUUUCUUGAGAAAAUAAAUAACCCAAGUUCUGUGUUGACUUUUGACUGCUGUAUCUUGAAAGUCUAAAAAUCAAGUUAGAUCAUGGCACAAGCCAGUACCAUGAUCGAGAAUGAAAAGUAAUAGCAUAAUGGCAUUUGUUUCAUUAAUACUCCCGGUCUGCUUUGUUGGCUUUCACUUUUGUGUGGCUGUGCAUAAUGCAGUCUGCUAGGAAGGUUGCUUUAGAAAGGUCAUGAGUUACUGCUUUUGACCUUGUUUGCAGGGUGCAUGUAAAUAAAUAAUUAGAAGAACAGGAGGAAAGAAGUUGCUUUGAAUUAUCGCAUUUGCCUUUGGCUGCUGGAUCUAGAUUACUUAAUCACAGUGUAGUAAAUUUUCUCCUUUGCAUUUAUCAGUCUUUAAAGUUGCUCUAAAUGGCCAUUUCAAAGAGAAAAAGUAAGCAUCACCUCUCUAGGUGAAUUAGUGCAUGUGACGCAGAGGCUUUUAGAGAAGAUUAAGUAGGCAGAACGCUCAGCUGGAGCUCUGUGUUUGGGUUUUUUAGUUGUUAGCAGAAAUCAUCCUGCUCAUAACCUUUAUCCGGCUGAGCUGAAAACCUCCAGUGUGUUUUGGUUGCGUUGUCCUUGUUUUUCCUGAUGUGGGAAGGAUGUCCUUGCUUUCUCCUGGGGCUGAAGAUGAACCAGAGCGUUUUGAUGGUCUCUCUCUCUUAUACUGGACCAUUAUGGGCCCUCAUGGAAUUAAUCGAGCUGUUCACCGCAUCUCUUUCUCUGAUUGCCAAAAUGGAUUAGGAGUUAAAAUUAUUGGAGGUUAUAGGGCACAAACAUCAGAAGAUUAUGGGAUUUUCAUAAAGAGAAUUCUGCCUGGGGGGGUGGCUGCUGUAGAUAGCCGUUUGCUUACUGGGGACCUAAUUCUGGAUGUAAAUGGAGAAAACCUGGUUGGAGUAACAAAUGAAAGGGCUGUUGACAUCUUGAGAACAGCCUCAGCCUCUAAUCACAUGUCUCUGCUUGUUGCUAGAGAUGAAGAAGCAAAGAAAGAGUUUCAUGACCUAAUGGAUAAGUAUGGCUCUCACAGUGACACAACCUCUGCAAGAACUUCUCCAACACAUCAGUUAGCUGCAAAAUCUGGAGACAGCCUUUCUUCUGCAUCGUCCUCAAGGUCACAGAGUCCUCAGUUGCAUCUGAAGGAUAACAUCACCAGCAGCAGCAGAAAUAAUUCUGUCCCACUACCAUCCCCAAAGCUUCCAAAUGACAGUGCAUUUCAAAUUAUCUCUGUUUGCAAAGGAACAAGCCUAGGUUUGAAUAUUGUGGGAGGAAUUAACAGAAAUGAAGGGCCUUUGGUAUAUAUUCAAGAAAUUAUCCCUGGUGGUGAUUGCCAUAAGGAUGGACGAUUGAAACCUGGGGAUCAGCUUGUGUCCAUUAACAAAGAGUCCAUGAUUGGAGUCUCCUAUGAAGAGGCAAAAAGUAUAAUCAACAGAACAAAGAUGAGGUUUGAAAAUUUUUGGGAAAUAGCUUUUAUUAGGCAGAAAAACAUACCCAGUCUUCCACAGAAUCUGCAGCAUCCUUUAAGCCUCUUAACAUCUUCUGUAGGACAUGGAGAGCAACAGGCUGCAACAUUUGGUCCUCUUCCCUCUCCUAGAGGGAGGCUGAUUUCACCAUUCCCUCCAGAUGCUAUGGAAACUGGAGUCAAGAUGGGAGAACAAUCUCCAAUUACUGCUCUAGAUAGCAAUCCUGCUGAUGUGUCUGCCAUGAUUAUUGCCCCCAGCCAGAAUGAUGAUUAUGAGCCCCAAGGAAAGAACUUGAGUAUUCAUCUCAAAACAGAAAAGCUGGAGAGGGCACUGAAUUAUCUUGGGAUUCAGCUCACAGAUGAACAGCAGCAAGCCCUAAGGCAGCAACUUCAUAAAGAUUCUAAAGGAACAGUAUCUUUUGGAGAUUUCAUUGAAGUUUCAAGGAAUCUGUUGUCUGUGCAAUCAAAUGAAACUGAUGAUGGCCACAAAUCUGAAAACUUUGGGAUGGAUGAAGUUGCCAGCUUACAGGGCUCACAGUUUGUACCCUGUGAUUCCUUGGAGGAUGAUGUGGAAAAACUUAAGAAAGAAAGAAAUGAAGCUUUAAAAGAAAUGAGCAAAUUAAAGGAAGAAUUGUCUGAAUCUGUGAACUUACAGAAGCAGUUAGUGGAGCAGCUACAAGUAGUCAAGCAAGAAGCCAAGGCAGCUGUGGAGGAGACAAGAGCCCUGCGCAGCAGAAUUCACCUUGCAGAGGCUGCUCAGAGGCAGGCCCGGGGAAUGGAGAUGGACUAUGAAGAGGUGAUUCGCCUGUUAGAGGCUGAAAUUGGAGAGCUGAAGGCUCAGCUCACUGAGCAUUCUGGCCAAAAUAAAGAGAAUAUUCACGACUUGAGAAAGAGGGUUACAGUGCUUGACUGCCAGCUGCGAAAAUCAGAGUCGGCCAGGAAGACCUUUGAGGUGGCCACUGAAAAACUGCUACAAUUUGUAGAGGUUGUGCAUGAAAUACUUUCAGAUAACUCUACUUCCUCAACAAUUUUAAGUGACAGGAGAACAUUGUCCACUAAAGGACUUCUGGCUCGGCUGGGAAGGGUUGGACCUACUGUCACAGCAGCUCUUGCAGCAGAAGCCAGGGACCUUGCCAAGUCUGUCCGUGCCGUUUUGGAAGUAGAUUGUCUGCCUUAUGGAUGGGAAGAAGCUUAUACAGCUGAUGGAAUCAAAUAUUUUAUCAACCAUGUGACACAGACAACGUCCUGGAUCCAUCCCGUCACGAGCGCUCUGAGCUUGCUUUGCUCCGAGGAGGAGGAGGAUGGGAUCAGAGACCUUCCCAGGCCCAAGAGCUGAGGACAGCUGUGGACAGAGAGUAGUUUGCCUGGUUGUAGUCCCUUAGUGAGCAGAUGCACAGGUUUUUAAUCUACCUGCUUUCUAGUGUGAUGUAGUAAUACCUGGUGACAUUUCUCCUCAUCAAGCUGGAGGAAGUUCUGCUGGUUUUGAGAAGGGUUUGUUGAUGUGUGCUACAAAGGAUGCAGGUGCCACAGGAGUCCUUAAUCUGCUCCAUUUUGGUGUGCCAGGGAUCAGUCUCACCUUAGGGCCCAGUCUGAUCUUUUCAUGACUUCCCCACAGACCCAUAAUUUCUCUGACCUGAAGCUGAAUUUUCCAGGUCAGCUGAAAUUUUCACAGCUCUGUGCAACUUGAGAUUUAAGAUAGGACCACUGGUGGUAGAUGCCAGCUGAUGGUUAACUGACAGAUGCAAAGUGAGGUGGGAUUUUUGAACCAAUGCUAGUGAGAAUAAUGGGGAUAACUUCACUGAAAACUCUUAUUUCUAUGGGAGAAAUCUUCAAAUAAGUUUUGCUACUAGAAAUUUAGUGAUUUGUUACAAAUAUUGGAGCCCUGAUGACUUCUUAAACGAAUACUAAGAUUGGUUGUUAAGCUUUAGAAAAUGUGUCUUUGAUAAGUCAUCAAGUAAAAAGUAAGUUUUCGUAGAGGGCAUCAUACUCUGACAACAAUAUGAGGCAAUAUGAAAAUUAUUCUACUUUUGUACUCUGCUAAACCGAUACAGACACACAUCAAAUACUUCAGUAGAAGCUGUGAAGUUUCAAGUACAAUGAAACCUGUGAAACCACCUCCAGGAUCCACAGAAAUCAGUCACCUCCUCAGAACUGGUCUUUUAAGUAGAACAAAAUCAUUUUGUACACAUAGGUAAUGUUUUAAAGAGGAUAAAGAAAAUUAUGGGGAGUGCUAGUGCAAGUUAAUGAACAAGGUUUUGUGUAUCUCAAUAGCACAGGAUAUUUUAAAUCUCAUUAUUCACAGCACAAUGUCUGAUGUCAGCUUUGUCAAAUGUAUGAUUCUGUGCUACAUUUUUCUGGAGGCUCUUUAUAUAUGUGUUGUGUAUAUAAUGGUGGGUGUUACUAAUGAAUGAGACAGACCUGAACCCACAUAAGCACUGAUGGAUAUGCCAAAAAAAAUCUCCAAAUCUGCUUCAGUCCACGAGGCAGAAGGGGAUUGUGGCAAUGUGAGGAAGGCACAGGCUGCAGUCACAUUUUUUGAGGUCUGUCUUCAGCAGGUAUGGCAUUGGAGUUAAGAAUCCUUGUCCUCUGAGGAAUGAAUAUCAAAACCAGACUCACUCUCAAUUCUGGUGCCUUGACCAUGCUCUCUUGUCCUCAGCAGUGCAGAGCUGUGCCAGGUCAGGCUCACUAGAACAGUUGAUCCUUUUGAACCAAAAUAAUUCACCUUUUUUUGAAAUCCAAGUCAGGCCUCUGAAUAGCAGCCCAGUAAUCUCCUGCACUUGGCCAGAGAGCUGGAGAGCACAUCACCAAAUGUUCUUCCUGAAGCUCACAAAAGAGGCCUUUACAGGCUUUGCAGGAAGUAGAUGUCAGGGUAUAUUGAAUAAGCAAAUAGGAAAAAAUUUGGUUUGUACUUUCAACUAGGUCAGACACAAAUCAUCUGUGAAUCUACACAGGUGGUGUGGAUUAGGGGGAAAAAGCUUGCUCAGCAGACCCACAGUAACUUACAUUUCUAGGAAAACUUCUCCUAGCAAUUACACAUGAAUUGUUUAGCCAUAUUUGCUCCAGUGGCUGCUGCAUGCUCCACAGCCUCCUUUUUGCUCCCAGAGAGCUCAGGCCAAAGGGACAGAGCAUGUGCUUCAGUUUCAGGCUUGGACACUCCAGAAGCAUUUUAAUGUAAAUAGUUUUUUCUCAGAAUGGCACAGACUCAUGACCUACAGAAGAUAUGUUGUCUGAAUUCCUUGUGGUAUUUGCUGUGGUAGUCAUUUCGAUGCUUUAUGACAGCACUUUCUGUUCAUAUUUCAGUGAUACCCAGCCUGCACACAGAUUCCAGUUCCCCAGUUCUGUUCAGGAGAGGUUUGAGCCACCACUUGGCUCUUGCUGCCUCGUGGCUGUGUCAGCCAGCUGGGUGCUCCAAAGGGGAGCAGCUAUUUAGGGAUGAGGACUGUGGCUCAGGCAGGCUCUGCACGAGCAGGGGCUCCAUGGAGAGCAGCUCAGAGCUGUCCUUCUGCUGGAUCAGUUGCAGGGGGACAGCUCUGCACGUGCUGCCCUUCCCAGGUGUGCAGCCUGCUGUGCACAGGGACAAUCUGCCUGCUCCUCUCACUGCCAUCUCCCACAGACCCCAGUGUGGCACAAACCUGCAGCCUCUUCCUCUAUCUCUCUUAGCAACUUGCCUAGAAAUUAAAGAUUUUAGAAAUAGAUCUCUGCAUCUCUUCAGCUACUCCAGUGAGCAUUUCCCUCCUCAGAUAAUCCACCAGUUCACAUUCUCUGGGGUUGAGAAUACAUUUUCUUACCUACGAUCUCCAAAUGUUCCAAUCUAUUUUUGUACACUGGUAUACUUGUUUCCUAGGUUAUUUCUCUUGAUCUCCCCUUAUCUCUUCCUUUAUGUGAAAUAGUUUUGUGAAAUUUUGCUUAAGCUGAACUGUGUAUACUGAGAAAAUGGUUCUAGCAUAACUUGGAACAGAAUUUGUAAAGAGCAGUUGUCAGCAUAUGCAACACUGUAAACAGCAAAUUUUCAUUUUUAUUCCUGAAUUUAAAAAAUUAAGUGGAAAAUAUACUAAAGUGCAUGUGAUAGCCUUUGAAAUAAUAAAAUUACACCUUUAUAUUAUAAUGAA